UCUAGAAGGCUGCAGACGAGUUUGUGUGUGGAUGGAUGGUGAACGUCGUGAGCGAUUCAUUAAUGUCUUGAAGGAAAUAACUGUAAUUGUGAGAAAAGUGUCGAAAAAGUGACGUGUUUUCCGUGGCGACAUUUUGCUCGGCCGGUUCGGAGACAUUGCGACCGUGAGCUGCAGCACCUCGGCGCGAGCUCGAUGCGACAGAAUGGUUUUCCAUAACCGUGACGCCCCCGUAGAUGAUGACCUGGACGACGACUUGUGCGACUUCGUCCCGGGCUGGUGCACCAGCGACCCGUUCAAUCUCGAUGUGGACUGCCCGAUACCCCCCGAGGCGGACCUCCUCCAGCAGUUCUCCAAUGAUUUGGAGAUCCCCAUGCUGCUGGACGAUCCUUCGGACUACGGCACAGAGGACGAGGACCCGUGUAGAAACUUCCUGCUCGACCCCAUCCUUAGCGGGCUUGAGCAGGGAACCGGAGACUGGAGCACGGAUGCCUUCCCCAAUUUGAAAUCAGCCACUGAUGAUCCCAAUGUAGCAGCUAUUUUACUAAAUGAAAUUAAAGAGGAAAUCAAGGUUGAGCCUGACUUUCCUCCAUCACCUCCCCCAUCAAGUGCAGGGUCCACUUCGAGCUUGUGCAACACAGACUUGUGGACAGGAGAUGUGUUAGCUGUAGAGGCCAAGACACCGCUGGAGUCUCCACCUCUCUCACCACCGUUUACUGACAACAGCCCGCCAGAAUCACCCCAAGUAGCUUGUGAAUCUAUUUCUCAAAGCAAUUCUGUAAAACGGCAAACUUCCCCAGUGUCUGUGGUUUCUUCCAACAACUCAGAUUUGCUCCAGUUGCAGUUAAAGCAGUACAAGUGUGAUACAAAGCUAAAAGCUGAUAAAAAGAAAGUUGCCUUUACACAAAGGCCUGCUCCUUUUAUUAGGCCAAAGCCCUCUAGUGACCAAUUGGAAGGGUCUAGCCAACCUUCAAAGGCUGUCAUCCCCACUGUUUCAGCAAUAUCUUCUGUUUCUACUGUAACCAUACCUAGUGUCUCAACAGUGCAAACAAUGCCUGGUGUCCAAACUGCUCCUACAGUUCAAACCGUCCCCACAGUGAAAACUGUCACUUUACCUAGCCCUGUUACGGUUCCCCUGUCAACUGUUGGAGAUGCCAACAGAAGAAAAACAAUACUACUAACUGCCAAGGAUUUUGCAGCACUCACUCAGAAAGUACGAGUAAAUCAAGCAGGUUGCACAAUUGGUUUACUAAACACUGCAAAAUCAGUCUCAACUACCUUGAGAAUACAACCCCCGAAGAAUGGAACACCCCCCACAACUGCGCAAACGCUUGUGCCACCAAUAACUGUCACCUCUACAGCACAACCAUCUGUCCCCUCUUUUGCUCAAGUAUUAACUCCAAGCACAGUACCAGCCAAGGUGCCGUUGAUUCCUUGCCAAACAAUAACAAAUUCAUUGCCUGCAGUCACCUCUAUUCCUGUGACAAGUACUGUCUCAGGUAGACCAUUGCAAUCAUCUGCUUUUUCUGUCUCCAAAAUGACAGGAAAUCCAGUUAGGAAAGAGAUGGAGAUAAAGGCCUUGAAAAGGCAACAACGGAUGAUAAAAAAUAGAGAAUCAGCUUGCCUUUCACGAAAGAAGAAAAAGGAGUAUGUGUCAUCACUCGAGGGAAGAUUAUCAGAACUUGAGCAGGAGAACAUACAGCUUCAGCUGGAAAAUAAUGUUCUUAAAGAACGUGUUAAUGAGUUAGAAAAUGCAAUGUCAUGGACCAAAUCUCCAACAUUUUCAGUUAAGACCAAGAAAGCAACUGCUAUUCUUGUAUGCAUCAUAAUGAUUACAUUAAAUUUAGGAUCUAUCCCGUCCAUGGUCAGUCGCAGCUCUGACUCACUUACUAUGGGUAGUCUGGAAAUGAAAGGUGGAUCUGUGUCUAGUUCAGUCACUCAUCACGGCCGGUCGUUAUUAUGGGCACCGACAGAAGACGUGUCUUCUACCAACAAUUCUAGCUCAGAAUACUUAUCAAGGAAUUCUUCUGGAAGUGCUGCAGUACAGCCCAUUUGUCCUCUUUUCAUAAACCAAACUGAAUCUAUUAGGCUUGACAGUGAACUGCGCCGCUGGAUUGGAUCUGAUCCUGACCAUCCUGCUCCACAAGAUCCAAUUCUUUCAAAACCUUUUACAGACUCCAAAGAUGCACUGCAUGGUGGUCCCUCUAAAUCCACUUCUGACCAGAAAUUGGGGUCUCCUACAAACUUAUCAAAAAUGCCAUCAAAAGCUCCUGAACAUAACAGUACCCAUAAAGAGAAACGUUCUAAAUUACGCAGGAAAUCACUUGCUCACAGGGCCACUAAGAAGAGCUCCACUGCUAGCCAUGAAGUUGAGGUGUAUGGAGUCAGGUCACCCUUAUAUGACUAUACUGCAUUCCUGGACUCUUUUCAGCGAAGAGAUGAUACUUUCUAUGUUGUGUCUUUCUCGGGUGAUCACAUUCUUUUACCAGCUCAAGCACACAACUCUUCGUCAAGACCCAAAAUGUCACUUGUUCUUCCAGCAGUACCCAUUAAUAAAUCAAUGUUUGGCCUUAACCAUAUUAGAAUGAUGCAAAUUGACUGUGAAGUUACUAACACCCAAAUGCUCAGAGUGCGCCAGGAUGAUAUACCUGCCCACUUCCGCACAUCAGCCUUUGAACAGUUCUCAAAUGCCACAACUGAAAACAACUCAGCUACAGCUAAUAAUGAUUCUUCAUCUGACUCAGCAUCAAGUGAUUUCCCCUCAACACCAAGUGAAUCUGCUCACACAUUCCAUAACUUUUCUCAUACUAGUGGAAGUCCAACAGUAGCAUCUCAACCAACUUACAAACCAUACUUUGUAAAAAAUGGAUAUCCGGAAAAACUUUCGUUAUCUCCUUCUCAGAUUAAAAAGUUGAAUGGAGCUCUUGUCAGUAGAGCAAAGGGAAAAGCUCAAGGCCCCAUCACCAAUAGUACUUUUUCCGUUGUAAGUAAUCCUUCAAAGUUGUCAAACUACCCUUGAUAGAUAUAAAACUGUUUUGACCUGUUUAUCAGCAAGUAAAAGUACACUAUGUUAAAGGCUGUGAUCUCCAAGGAUAUCUUUCUUCUUGUAUUUAGGUAGUGUCUACCUUCACUUUGCAGGUUUUUGAUCUCCAAACUUUGUAUUAGACUAAUUAUUUUUAACGUUACAGAAGUGUAAAUGUGUAUUUGUGUGUGUUUGUGUGUGCGUGUACGCACGCGUGUGUGUAUUUUCCGGUAUUUUCAUAUAUUGAUAGUAAUUGAUGUACAAAUGCAUUUUACUUUUAUGUUGCAAUUUAUGAUUUAAUUUCACUCUAUUAUUGGUCACUUAAAUUUAAUAACUUUUUUAUUUGUGUUUAAUCAGAAUAUUUCUUGAUGGGUCUAAUUUUAAAAACUUCUUUGGUUGGAGCUGAUAGCAUUGAACUUUUCUGAGCUUUACCAUAUGUAUUACAUCAGUCUAGUCGUGACUUACAAAUUGCUGACCAUUACUUACCUGAUAAUUAACCAAAUUGGAAAAUGUUUGGUAAGAUUAAAUAUUUAAUACCACUGCAGGUUUAAAUGAAUUGAAUGUGCAUAAUCAAUUAAAUCGCAUAAGUAUCUACUUACUAAUAUACUUAACUGCUCUUUAUUUGCACAGUUUUUGCAUUGUUCCGAUAGUUUUUUCUUUAUAUAUUUUAUUCUCCUCUGUUAUGCACAUUAGUUAUUAUACUUGCAAAGUUUCCUAAACAUCAUGCCCAUGCUCUUGCACAGCUUAGGCAGAUGACAAGAUGUUUCUGCAAGUAGAUGACAUGUAUUAAAAUCAUUUAUAUAUCAUGUUGUUUUCUUUUGAACAUAUUUUCUUGUAUUUAUUGUUUGCUAGUCUGUUGGUGUGCUCUUUGUUAAUGCAAUGGUAUAAUUGCAAUUGAUUUGUGUUGAUGUCGAAUACAUAGUAUUUAUAUGUAAGCAAGAUAAUGAAAUUUCUGAAAAUAUUCAACAAACAGAAUGGAAAAUGAUCAGCUUAACACAUUAGAUGGUGACAUUUGAAUGACACAUUAAGAGUUCAAAUAUGAUAGCUCUCCAAUGUAGAUCUUGAAAACUAAGGGAUUGAUGAUACCUUGGUCCCAGGUUUAAAAGUAUCUACUAGUUCUGUUUGUGCAGGUAUCUGAUGUGAAUUUGAAAUGCGACCAAAGUAAAAUUGUCUGAUCUUUUGUAACUUUUUAAAAAUCAUGUCAUAUCUAUUUGGUUUAGACAGGAUCUGUUGAUUUGCUCAUCAUGGGUUUGUAUCUACUGUUCUUGAUUUGUGCAAACAAUGUAAGUGCACAAUUUAAUAAAUGCUUUAUCACUCUCUUCAAAA